AAUGAAAAAGGCAUUAUUGGCGAAUGUGUAUCAUUAAGAGCAUAGCCGUCGAAGAAUCGACUUCUCGACUUCUAUGUAAAAUUUUCCCGAGAUUUUCAUACUUCUUGUUAUUAAGUGUAUAAUUGUACCGAAAAAUAUAUGAUGGCGUUGACCGUUCUGGAAGAUUCAGUGCAACGGAGUGUGCUGCGGUGGAUUCGAACCUUUUAUAUACUCUGUAAUCUCAUAUUAGCCUUUUUAGGAAUAGGAGGACUAGCCCUGGCUAUUAUCAGCAAAAUAAACAUGUUCGGUGAGCUGACACUGUUGCAUCAUUAUCAGAACAUAGAAGUCGAUAUUUUUUUGGCCUGCUCAACUAUACUGAUUGUGAUCGGUUGCCUUGGUAUUUUUGCGGGUUCGAGAAAUUGCUAUAAAUUAAUGCUGACAAAUGGUUUACUGCUAGGUGCCUUUCUAAUAUGCACUAUUGCUUAUAUUGUUACGACGAACAUAAUCACGGAUUAUAAAAAUAUUUUGCUUCGACAAAUGAGCAAAGAUAUGAAUAAUUACAAAAAAAACAUCGUUGAUAAACUACAUGUUAAGCUUUCUUGUUGCGGACUCCAUGAUAUCACUACAUGGAAUGCAAAUAAUAUUCCUACAUCUUGUUGCCGAAACAUUAAAACGAAAUGCGUCUUAGGUUCCCCUUAUUUGAAAACUAAUGGCUGCUUUGAAGAAUUUAUUCGUAUGUCGCGUUAUUACGUUUGGCUUUUCUACUCCGUUUUCACAUCCGUUGGGCUUAUUGAGAUUUUCGGGAUCAUGUUGUCAUAUCUGCAAUGUGGCAUCAUUAAAGAUACUCAAAAAAAGAAAUGUGCGACGGAUGAUUUGAAAAUUCCAAGGCCUCAAAUGACAUCUGUUCAUGUCGAAAAAGAGACUCAGGUGAGCGAAGAAGAAAAGGGAGAAGAAAAGGAAGAAAAAGGGAAGGGUGAAGAAGAAAAGGGAACAAAAAAGGAGGAAGAAGAUAAAGAGGAAAAGGAAAAAGAAGAGUCGAACAAGGAAAAUAAUGCUAAAGAGACGAAACAAAAGACAUCGGAUAAUCAAGAUAUUGUACUUGAACAUGUUAAUAUCAAUGAAAUUUUUGAUGCCUAG